AUGGCGAAAUCUGAGUGGUUUUUCUUCAAAGAAUCAGAAGAGGAACUUCAAAAAUCAUUAUUGUUUUCCUUGAUUAACAACGACAAGUUAGGGAAGUUUGAGGACUUCAAGUGGUUGAAUGCUUCUUAUGUUCCGGUUCUUAAGCAACUGCAAGAUUCUGAGACUCAGAGUUAUUAUUUUUCUGGCCAUAACGAUGAUGGUCGGACUCCAAUAAAGUUCAGAAAUCCCAAAUACCUGUCAAUGCUUAUUCAUUUGAGGUUUUAUAUCCCUGAAGUUUAUCCAGCACUAAAGAAGGUGGUAUUUGUCGACGAUGACAUUGUGGUUCAGAAAGAUCUUUCUGGUCUAUUUUCCAUUGAUUUGAAGGGCAACGUUAACGGAGCAGUGGAGACGUGCAUGGAGACAUUUCACAGGUAUCACAAGUACCUGAACUACUCUCACCCUCUGAUAAGGGCACACUUUGACCCUGACGCUUGUGGUUGGGCAUUUGGGAUGACUGUUUUCGAUUUGGUCGAGUGGAGGAAGAGGAAUGUGACCGGCAUCUAUCACUAUUGGCAAGAACGGAACGUGGACAGGACGUUGUGGAAACUCGGGACACUUCCGCCCGGACUGCUGACGUUCUAUGGAUUGACAGAGGCAUUGGAUCCCUCAUGGCAUGUACUAGGGCUAGGCUACACAAACGUUGAUCCCCAGUUGAUAGAGAAAGGGGCUGUUCUACACUUCAAAGGGAACUCGAAGCCAUGGUUGAAAAUCGGGAUAGAGAAAUACAAGCCGCUGUGGGAGAAGUACGUCAAUUAUUCCUAUCCUCUCUUGCAACAGUGCAAUUUUCACUGAUCCGUCGCCAUAGAAAUCUGAGUUCUUCCACACACCAUCUUAGAAGCUUCGAGGUCGGGUAUGCUUGUAUAAUUUUAAAGAGGUCAAGCAUGGCUGCCGGUUGUA